CCUCCAUUAACACCUCUCUCUCUCUCUCUCUCUCUCUCUCUCUCUCUCUCUCCUCAUUUUGGGGGUUUCCGACCCCAAAUUCGGAAUCCGACGAAUAAUCGAAAGCAAUCUCCGUCAAAUUCAACUCCGGAUCCACGGAUUUAGGUAUUUGUCUCCAAAAAAUUCCACUUUUUUCCCAAAAAUUCGGAUUUUUUAUCCGGCGAGUUCGUGAAUUUCGUGCGUUUCGCGGCAAUUUUGGGCGAAAUUAGGGUUUUCGCGGCGCAAUGACGGUGAGGUUGAGAUCUUCGGAGGCGCAAAUGGAGCGGGGUAGGAGAAAUGGGGUGAGCUCGUACCUCGUUUCCAAUGGUUCGAUCGACGGGUUCGUCGCACAUCGUGCGAAAAAGGAGAUCGAUGGGGUCGCGACGAUCCCCGUGUCGUCGUCUCCGCCGUGGCCCCAAUCCCCUUCAUCAUCAUCAUCAUCAUCAUCAUCAUCUUCGUCGUCGCCGUUGUCGCCGUUCGGUGUUGGUUACAUAGAGCAUAGAGUGUCGAGGAUGGAUACACUCGCGGGGGUCGCCAUAAAGUAUGGUGUGGAGGUAGCCGAUAUCAAAAGGAUGAAUGGGUUGGUAACAGAUAUUCAGAUGUUCGCUCGCAAAUCGUUGCAAAUUCCUCUACCUGGGAGGCAUCCUCCGUCGCCGAACAUCUCAAAUGGCGCAGCUAAUGACAGAGAUCAAACUCCUCCACGCCGAGCUCGAAGUGAUAUUCUCGAUACUGUUCAAACACUCAAACUAAAACCUCCGUCGUGCAAAGUAUCGCCCGCCAUGAGUAGUUUACAAGGAUUCUACAGCCUCGCGCCGCCGCAUAAACUUGGCCCGCUACUCGAAGGCACAGAAAUGGCGGUCUACAAGAUCAACUCUUCUCUCUGCGCUAAUGGGAUCACGGAGGAUAGAUCAACUGCCGAAACCGCAGAGACCAAUGAUAUCGAGAAAUCUAUUCGGAGGCGUCAAUCGGUUGAAAAAUUGGCGUAUAAGGGAAAAGGUCUCCCGCUGAGACCAAAAUCAGGGGGUCGGGCAGACACGAUGAAUAGGAGUUGCCAGAAUUUUAUUAACAACAGCAAUCCUUCGAUGGAUGAUGCGCUGCUCGCUGUUAGGAAGUCGUCGAGCACCUCGAACUUGACGGAUUCGGAGAGUUGCUCCUCCUCCAUAUGGCCAACAAGCAUGUGGGGUUUGCGAGCUGAUGUCCUUGCUAGGCCUCUUCUAGAUGGUCUGCAGAUGCCGAUAGCUGCGAGAAGAAACAAAGCUGCUUUGGAUUAGACAUACUACGUAAAAGCCAUUAAUAUAAACGAAACUUAUAUACAAUGUAUCGUUUAUCUCUACAGUAGAGAGAGUUUAUACAAGAAAGAGUUACUUCGAUAGAGCGGUCGCAAGUCGCAACUCAUUCUCAUGUCACAGAGCAAGUGCACAGUCGGAAAGCAACUCAAAUUCUUUUUGUCAUGCAUGAAACAUGUGUCUAAUGUGAGUAUUGGUGUAGUGAUUCUUUUGUAUCAAUAUAUACAGAUGAUGUAUUCUGAGAUUAUAAUGGAAAAGGUGUGAGACCCUUUUCUUUGUGACAAAUGAUAUUUUGAACUGGUCUCAUUGUCAA